AUGGAUUGGACCGAGGUCUCAAAACCGAAAAAGAAAAAAGUUGUCAAGAAGACACCUACUGUCGCUGACGACCAAAAGUCACUCAUGAAGGAAAUGCAAGGAUUCAGAAACUGGAGUGAGAAAGAAACCAAGACUGUCAUCCCUGCCAACACAGGACGUUCCAAGCUUGGAGCCGGAGUCAGCUGUGAUGCUUACAUCAGAGAAGAUUUCGAAGAGAAGAAGCGAGAGAAGGUCAACGGAGUGCUUGCCAACAAUGUCAGGAAGGCCAGAGAAAAUUCAGGCAUGACCCAGGCUGAAUUGGCCCAGGCUUGCAGUGUGAAGACCUACGAGAUUAGCGAGGUCGAAAAGAGAACUGCCUUCUACGAUCCUAAUUUAAUUAACAUGAUCGAGAGAGUUCUUGACACUCACAUCGAAAGAGGAAGAGCCAAGAACAGAGGGAACAAAAAGAGAAAGAAGAAGAAGAAGGAAAAUGAAGUUUGGUAAAUCAGCAUAAAUAUCCACUGAGAUUCAUUCAUCU